AGGUCAACACUAGAGACCCCACAAACCUUAUCAAAGCUAAUUUUUCACUUCAUAAAUAUCAUACAAUAAUUAUCUUGCAUUGAUAACUUUCCGGAUUGCUGAAUUUUAUUCAAAAAGGAAGAAAUGGAUGCCACAAAGGAUCAUCAAAAUAUUCUUACCUUAGAUGUCCAUGCUGCCAAAGAUCUGCUCGAUUCAUCUGGUUACCAUUAUCUUGAUGUGAGGUCAGUGGAGGAAUUCAAGAAAAGCCAUGUUGAGAAUGCUAUUAAUGUCCCUUAUAUGUUCAUCACAGAAGCAGGACGGGUCCAAAAUCCUGAUUUUGUUAAACAAGUGGCAGAAAUAUAUAAGAGUGAGGAUCACUUAAUUGUGGCUUGCAAUAGUGGAGGAAGAUCUAGUCGAGCCUGCGUUGAUCUGCUUAAUUCAGGAUAUGAACAUAUUAUUAAUAUGGGUGGAGGCUACUCUGGCUGGGUGGACGCUGGAUUUGCAGGUAACAUACCUGCAGAAGAGCUCAAAACAAGUUGCAAGUUCCGUCCAUAAUAUUAUACUAGUGUAAUUAUAUGUUUGUAUUAUUUUAUACUAUAAUUAAUGUGGUUUGUUGGUUUGUUUUUUUUAUACAUAUAAAAAAUAAUAAAUAAAUCAAAAUAUUUGAAUGUAAUGAAAUAAUCAUCUCUUUUACAAGGCAACGAUUUAAGUUUCGAAUCUCAUUAA